AUGGACUACCCUUUUUUCGACGACAGCAAGCACGGAGCAACCAUCAAUCCCGCCGAUCUGCACACCGCCGACCCCUUUGCAGCAUUUGGCUCCGGCUUCGAUACUUUUUGCCCGCCGGCCGAUGCCUCAAACUUCAACGAUCUCACUACUGUCGACUCGGCCGUGGACCUCGCGACGCAGUGGACUUCGCCAUUAGUGAAGCAGGAGCCCGACCAUUUCGUCGAGCAAUUUGUUAACUACAAUGCUUCUCCCACCUCAGGCGCGAACACGCCGUCUCCGCCCACGGACAUGAUUUUCAGCAACACCAACUCCCCCGGGGACUUUCUAAGAGAGCACAGUCAGACCGCCUCUCCGGAAUCGGAAAACGACGUCGUAACGCACGACGCCAAGUGCUCGCCCACCGACGGCUCCUGGGACUCGGUGCACUCUACCUCCCAGGCCAUUCUCAUCCCGCAGCCUAGGGAUACUCCCCAGGUCCACCUCGUGUCAGACAAGACAAAAACCCGGGCCGAGACGCAAAUCAAGAUGCAGCUGACUCUGGAUCCUUUGGAACCCGGAACCGAGUACAUCCAUUUCCCGCGGAAAACCCUCGCCAAGCCCAAGCAUUUCGCAACCCCCGAGGAGAAGGAGGAAAUCGAAAGUAAAGGCGACGUCACCUACAUGGAUGUCCUCCUCGUCUGUGCCACGGCAGUCGAGAAGCCAGAGGACCUGCAAAUAGCCUUUCGCCGUGCUGCUGGUAAGGAGCGCGUUCCGAGAAGAGCGGCUGGAAGCACCAUUUCGGAGCUUGACAAGGACGACCCUGCGCACCCGCAGAAUGGCGGCGAAGUCAUCAUCUGCGAAGGCUGCAAAGAGCGAGAGCGCAAGCGAUAUGACCGUAAGAAGAAGCGGGCCGAAGACGAGAAAGAAUGGACCGACUACGAGAAUGACCGGGUCGUCAUGAUCAACGAGAAGGAAUACAAGAAGUGGAAAGAGGUCGAGUCACAUGACCAGCAGUUUUCGGCCCGCGCCAAGACAGUUGAGUUCGCCAUGCGGAUAGCCUGCUACUGCCGGCACCAGGAAGAGAAGUCGCCCGUUGGCUACCGGGUGCUGUUCACCUUCAAGGAUGCCAAGGGAGCUUUGCUUGCUCAACAUCAUUCUGAGAUCUUUCAGAUCACCGAUGAUCAUAAGAACAAGGAAGUCCUUCCUGAAGCCGCCCCGCGACCUCUCACCAUCCCUCAGACGUACAUGCCUCAGUAUGGUCACGCCUCCAAUGUUGUGCCGGUCUAUCAGUAUCCCGUGGAUAACCAAUUCUCCGCCGCGCUUGCUACAUAUUCUCAGCCGCCAACACCGGUCAUGUCAGGCUUCCAAUCCAACCCUAUGUCGCCCAUGGACACGGCGUUCUCACAGAUGACCACCUCUACGGCUACACCUCAACCACACCGUCAAUCCAUCUCGUCAUUCCCCUCCACUUCUGUUUCCUCGAGCGCACCGCAAUUUCCCAGGCACCAACAUCAUCAGAGCCAAUACGACGCACCCAUGCUUAGCCCCACCACCCAGGUUCCGGCUGAGACGCAGUACCUUCAUCGACCCCUGUCCAUGGACAGCUUCAACUUCUCUGCCGAUACCCAAUACCCGAAUUACAACGGCUUCGCGUCCGCACCUGGCUCUACAAUCAACACACCCCACAAUCUCUCUCGGCCCGCUUCACCCUCAUGGCCAGAGGGCCCAACAAAGAAGAAGACGAUUAGGUGUGUCUACUUCUUUGUUGACGAGUGA